CCUCCUUGUAACGUAAAAUCUCUCAACAAAAAUCGUUGCGAUAAGUAUUGUGCUGUAAAGUUGUAACGACCAUGACAUUAGACUUGCAAAAAUGGUCAGUCAGGAUCAUUCUAUAGUAACUCCUACGUUGAUCUUCAUAGCAGGAAUCGGAGGAUCGGCAUUACUAGUAGUCAUCCUGUUUGUUAAGAGACAGAUUAUGCGGUUUGCUCUUCGCUCUCAUCGAGAUCCCCAUGUACAGAUUGGUCAUGGCGCCCCCAGGAGUUUGCAAACACAAAUUGAUCGACAGCUCACAAAUGCUUCAAGUCGAAAGUAUGAACCACGGCUACUUGGAGACGAUGACUACAGACUUAAAUUCCUCAAUAGGGACACUAUUGCAGGAGAAAGUUGCACAUAUGUUUACAGAAUGAAGGCAGUGGACGCUUUAUCAAAACUAGAUGACCAACUGGAGAAGAUUGAGUGUCGGAGAGUACGUCCACCAUGCGGGAAUCUGAAAGAGUACAUUCUAAGUUUACGAGAUCCUCCACAAGCCCCUCUGAAGGGAGCUUCAGUUGCAUUGUGCAGGGCUUUUGCUGCUGCUUAUGACAAUGCUCAUUAUGGACUUAAGCCAUUCGGUGAAACAGAAUACAACAAUUUCAUGACACUUUUACAUGAACUCUUAUCAUGUAUUCGACACAAAGGCAUGAAAAGUAAAAAGUCCAGUCAGCGCUCUUUACCCACUGCUGAAGCAUCACGCAUUAGGACACCAGGAGGGAGCAGUAUCAAAUCAAGGCCUCAGACUAAAUCCCACACCAGUCAAAAAGGAGAGCCAGUCUUAGCUCGUGUGACGUCGACCGAACAAUCAGAAGCAAGUACUAGUAGCCAAAUGGACAGCAUGAGUCCUGCUCAGACGGCCGUCACCCUCUUGACUCGACGGAAUCCGUCAACGAAAUCCAGCACGGGGACGUCAGAGGAAACGAUGGAGAUGCUGAGGAGGAAGAGAACAAGUCGAGGCUCUGAGCUGGGGAGUGAGAGUGAGAAGGGACUAAGGAUGAAGGCAUCUAAUUUAUCAUCUGGUCAGAGUGAAGAAACACAGCCACUUAUGGUGUCUGGUAGGCUGGUACAUCAAGACUCCAUGGCUGAGGAAAUGCUGUAAAAAAGCUGGGUAGAGAUCAAUGGAGGUGAUGCUGUAUCACAGCGUAUGCUGCUAAAAUCCCCAUUUGCCUAUGGCCUUUUCACACUGUAUCUCUUAUCCUCAUUGAAUGCAGCCCUGGAGAGGCCCCAGAAGUUUUUGUACCACACAGUUACCCCGGCACACUUUCAUACUGUGUCCCUAUUCCAGCUGCAUAUUUCAAGAAUACUCUGUGUUUUACCGCUUUGCCCUCCUCUGGUGAAUGGGUGGCUACUCCCAAGGGUAUGCCCAUGUGCCAGGGCAAAGCGAUCGUAGUGUGAAAAUACCGGCCAUUAUCUCCCUGGGGUAAACCCGAGGAAUAGAGUAGUGUGAAAAGGGCUUAAGCAUGUAUUUUCAUCAGCAUAGUUCUCUUACCAUAAAAAUUCUCACCAGCUUGGCCCUUAAUAUUCAUAGAGCUGCUUAAGCACACAAUAUAGCAUACCUUGUUGGGUGUAAUGGCUCUCUUUCUGUCUUUUUACGUCAGUCUUAUCAUGUGGCCUAUGUUUAAAGAAAGCCAUAACAUCCCAUUUUGAGGGGGAGUAGACAAUGGUCCUUAACAAUUUUCUGCUUAGCAAAUAAGCAGGAAACCAGUCUCAAAUAUAAUACAUUGAGUGCUAUUUUGGCUGGUAACCUUAUUAUAGUGAGCCAAUUGUUUUGUGCUUGGUUAAUUGUGCGUGCUUAAGCAGCUCCAUGAAAUUGGGCUCAAUGUUAAAGAUUCAAUACAUGUAUACACUGACCCAUCUGUAAAUCCAGAAUGUCCAAAGUGCCCCUUGUAGGAGACUGUAUUGGUUUUCUAUGAUACAGCAGACAUGUUUAUGAGGUAAAUGUCUGUUGUCCAUGUAGCUCUGAAUGCACACAUGGUUGAGAACACAGUAUUAAAGACACUCAGCUGGGCUCUAUUGGUAAUUGUCAAAAACCAGUCUUCCCACUUGUGUAUCUCAACAUAUGCAUGAAAUAACAAACCUGUGAA